AAAUAGAAACACCAUACAUCCUCCCAUGUGGAGAAGUGGGGCGGAGCACCGGAACACCUCCGUAUCCUCCAAAAGGAUACGUCCUCUCACCGUCCCCGAGGGGUAUAGAUAGGGAAGGGCGGGGCGGGAGAGAUUGCUUCUCUCUCCUCGUCGGAUCUCGGGGCGAGCGAUACAUCUCCAAGAUCCACCCGCUCGGAUACUUUGUAUCGCCGGUCUGCCUGUCCAUUUGACCGCCGGCGCUUUUUGCUUCGAAACCGGUGCGAGAAUCGAUCGCCACGGAGACCCGCGGUGGGUUUGGGCGAAUUAAGUUCAGAUGCAGUCAAAUCUAGAAGAUGCUCGCCAUAAGCCUAAGAAGGAAUGUUUGCCAUGGCCUUCAAAAAGUAGUCGUAAAAGGUCAUUUGGUGAUGCUGAGGUUGAUGCAGAGAGUGGUGGUGAUCAAUCUCUUGAAAGUGCUUCAAAUCAGUUAGUGCUUUACAACCCUGAUGCAAGUGAUUCAGGUCAGGAUGCUCUUGAGGUUACUGAGUACACAGAGAAUCAUAAUUCAUCACUCCAAAAUUUUACAGUACCAAAUUCUUCUAGCCGAGUUCUGCCGUCUGUUGGGGCGUUCACUGUCCAAUGUGCUUCAUGUUUUAAAUGGAGGCUCAUUCCAACAAAAGAGAAGUAUGAAGAAAUUCGUGAAACUAUCUUGCAAGAACCUUUUACAUGUGAACGAGCUCGUGAGUGGCGGCCCGAUAUAUCAUGUGAAGAUCCGACAGAUAUAUCUCAGGAUGGUAGUAGACUCUGGGCAAUUGAUAAACCUAACAUCGCUCAACCUCCUCGUGGCUGGGAAAGGUUGCUUAGAAUCAGAGGUGAAGGAAGCACUAGAUUUGCAGAUGUGUAUUAUGUUUCUCCAUCUGGGAAGAAACUUCGGUCAAUGGUAGAGGUUGAAAAGCAUUUGAAGGAACACCCAGGGGGUGGUGUCAAUAAAUCUCAGUUUUCAUUUCAGAUCCCUAAACCUCUGCAAGAGAAUUAUGUGAGAAAACGUUCUUCACGUGUAACAAAUCCUUGUGAUGGUGCUGGCCUGGGAUCGCCAAGGCCUCUUGAACCAGAAGAUGAACAUAGACCUCAAAACCAUGGUGCUAAUCAGGCUAAUACCAUGCAUGGUUGUUCUUGGUGCAGUGAACCCCCUCUCCUGGGCAGCUCCUACUCGGAAGGAGCUUGAGAGUGGUGGACUGGGUUCAUCGAUUCCUUCUCAUGGGGCGCUGGGUUGUUUCCCUCCUGAUGAACCUGCACCAUUGCCUCCAGCAAAGAAGAAAACAACCGGGACUUCAUCCAGACAUAUGUACGAUAGUUCUGUGUAUGAUCAGCCAAAGAUCAAGUUAGAAGAUGCUUAACAAUCCAGAAAUGCUUCUAUGAGCUGUAUUGUGAUGUCUCCUCUGCCUUGCUGCUGUGGUUGUGAUGCUAUUUGUUUUCUUUUUCCUCUAGUGUAGCAAAGUGAAUGAUAGGCAUAAACAUGCAGGGCAAGAAGGGUGUGCCUUUUUGUUAGCUUGGUUGUGGAAUGCUCAAAGUUUUGGCACAGAGAGAUACCAACAUGUAUGAUAUUCUGAAUAUGAAUGAGAUUACAGCAAUUUAAUUACCUUUGGCA